AUGGCGAACGGGAACCACGGUGUGGUUGACCUGCCGAUCAUUGAUAUCUCGAAGCUGGACCAGAAAACGGGCAAGAAGAUCCUUGAUGCGUUCACGACACACGGUUUCCUCUACCUCUCCACAGCUUCUACUCCUUUCACCCCAUCGCUACUCUCCCAGAUCUUCGGCCUCUCCUCCUCACUCUUCUCUCUCUCCGCGGACGAGAAGACUUCAUUCUGGAUCGACACCAACAAUCGCGGAUACACCGGCAUUGGGAACGAGAGGCUCGAUCCGGCGAACCAGAAGGCAGGUGAUCAGAAGGAGGCGUGGAAUUUCGGUGAGUUCAACGCGGAAGGGAAGUUGCAGCAGGGACUACCGGAGCGGAUUGACGACAAGACCAGUGGUGAGGUGGGAGAAGACGUAUUGAGGGAAUUUGAGAAAGCGUGUCGGGAGUGUUGCAGGAAAUUGUUCGAAGGAUUGGCUCUGGGCUUGGAGAUCUCGGAGGAGGGUCAGGACGGGAAGGCUUGGUUCACGCAGAGGCAUGGUAUUCCAAGUGGGAGUAUUGUACGCCUAUUGAAGUAUCCGCCGACGAAAGAGGGAGUGGAGGCGGGUGACAUUGGAGCCGGAGCGCACAGUGACUAUGGGAGUGUGACCCUGCUUUUCCAGCAAGCAGGCGGGAGAGGCUUGGAGAUCAGGGAUGACGAUGGUGGUUGGCAAGGAGUCGAUGUUGUGCCGAAGGGCUACGACCUGGAGGCAAAUAGUGGCAUGCCGCCGAUAGUGGUUAAUGUGGGUGAUCUCCUACAGUACUGGACAAACGGGCUUCUGAAAAGCACGGUACACCGGGUUGUGAUGCCAGCUGGAGCAAAGGAGAACAGGUACUCGAUCGUCUACUUCUGCCACCCCUCAGACAGCGUAGGCCUGGUGCCAGUGCCGAGCAAGGUGGUGCAGGAGAGUGCCACUACAAAUGGUGACGACGUGGUCGGCUAUGGUGGUGGUACAGAAGGGCGAGCAAUGACUGCGAAAGAGCAUUUGAUGCGGCGGCUAGAGGCCACAUAUGGGAGCAGGAAAGAUGCAAAGCUUCCACAGUUGGGCGACCAAAUCUGUUGCACAGACAUUCCCGUUGUCGACAUUAGCAGACGCUGUGGUUGCAUCGAUGCCGCCUUCUACCUAGACCUUUGUCUCGAACGCCUCCAAGAACCUCUCGUACGCGCUCAUGGCGGCAUCCCGUACGGUCUGAAGCAGCAGAUCGCCGAUGAGAUCGAAUACCUCAAGGAUGCGGGUGCCAAAGCAGUCUUCAUCUUCAACGGUUUGGACCAUGUGAACAAGCCUACCCCGGGACACCUGAGUUCAGAGAGCACUAAAGCGGCCGAAGAAGCAUGGCGGAUGCACAACGUCCGCAAAAAGCCUGAUGCAGCGGUACAUGAAUUCACGAAAGUCAAAUAUCCCACACAAGAUUUGGUACGGUGGUUUCAAAGCCUGCUCACCAAGCUGAAGGUCGAGUAUCUUGUGGCCCCAUAUUCGUCGGUGGCGCAACUGUCGUACAUGGAGCGUUUGUCGGAGCAGAUCAUUGACUGUAUCUGGGGCUCAACCGACUACUUCUUAUUCAACAUCGACAAGGUUAUCACAGACGUCACGUUCGAGCCAGACGCCCGGACGCCGACGUUCACCUGGGUGAGCAAGGCUGCAUGUGAGGAGCGUCUCAAAGCGACGCCAGAUUUUCUUCGCGACAUACAGCUGCUCCUUGGCACCACAUUUACUCCCGCAUUUCCACCACUAGCUCGGCAAGCUACCACAGCUAAGGGCGCUGGUGUCAGUGAAGCAGUUACCAUGCUCAAUGCUCAUGGUCGGAGUGUCUUACAACUUUGUCAUGCGUAUCGCGAAGACCCCAGUACAGCCGGCACUGACUACGAAGAUGUCUACAAGAAGGCCAUUAUGUCUCUCCGGCACCAUAUCGCUAUUCAAUAUAACGGUUUGAUCGAGCCCAUGAACGCAGAAUACGCUCCCAGCGAUGUCCAUGAUUUUGUUGGCCAGAAUCUGCCACCAGAGAUGUUCUUCUACCUUUCACGUGGUAUCAUCGGCCCCGAGCCUCUGAACUGGUUGACGAAUCAACACAUUGUUGUGUCGCUGCCUCCAGGCGUCAUCGACUCAACGCAGCACCGAAACCUGGUCUUCGAGCAACUAAAUCCCAUCAGAGCACAGACGCUGAUGGUCAUGAGUGAAUUCAUGCCUAAUUACUACCGCAAUCGCAAGGUCGAUCUCAGAACUUGGGAAGAUCGGGAUCGACCCGACCUGACGAUUAAUCUGAGAGAGCAGUCUCCGCUGAAGGACAAAGUGUCAAGAUGGAAGGUCAAGGAUACAGCAAUGCAGGGUGUUUCGUCGCACUUCUCAUUGCUUACGUGCCUGGAAGCUUUGAAGAGCCAGAAGUUUAAUGAGCAGAUUACGAUUUCAGCCAAGACCACAUACGCCUAUCCUGCUCUGACCUCUACGAAUGAGGUCGUAAUCAAUAUGUUUUACCGCUUCCUCAGCAUAAGAGGCUAUAUCACCGACCAAUUUCAGCUUACGAACUGGGGCGAGGUGUUGCAGGCGACGUUGUCGAAGCUUGGUGAGACUAAGAGGGCCGACGACAUUGCCUUGCUCGCGGUUGAGUUGAUACGCUUCGGGCUCCUGAACGGCAACGAAGGUGAUGGAAGUCCAGCCAAGUCUACAGACAUGCCGCAAGACGUCCAGUCCAGCAUCAACUUGGUCGCCAAGAUUGCUUCCCUGGAGAAGUUUCCGAAUAAGCCCGCGGGAUGGAAAGGUCCACUCAACCAGCGACUCCUGUCAUACUCCUGGAUGGUUGCGGCCAUCAGAUCGCAUCUGCGGUUUCUAAUGGAGGCAACAUUGGUCGCAAUGUUUCUUGCAGGUGACGCAAGACGUGAUCGAGACGAUUGGCCUCUCAUUUCUGAAAGACUGCCUUUGAGGAAUGAUCAAGGCUGUGCCCUUGGGAUCGUGGCAGAGACGUAUCUCGAGCGGGUCUUCCAGGCCAAAGAUAAGGAGGAUGUGAAGGAGAAACUCAGAACCAAUCACCCUGAUCACAACUGGAUCUCGAACGGCAAGAGCAAGAACAUCGGCAAGAAUGUGGACCAAAUACACAGCAUGUGGACUGCCAUCCGUGAUGCUAGCAAAGUAGCUGGCAAGGACAACAAGGCAGCCGAAGACUUUGACUGUGGCGGGUGGUCUACCACCAUUCUGUCAGCAAGCGGCAGACUCUACACGACUGGCUCUCUCGAUUCUCUAGAUGGUAUCACAAUCGGAGAAACUACAGAUCAGUACAAGCAGCUUGAGUACAUCACACAGAGCACAAGUUCUAUACGCCAGUUCUCCUCAGGUCGGCGCCACGUCCUUGCACUAACAGACGAUGGCGAUAUUCUGUCAUGGGACCGCAUCAACGCCAAAGGACUGAAGCCUUUCUCCAGAACCGGACGCGACUUCGGCGGGAAGCCAACGCGUGUGUGCGCUGGAUGGGACAUCAGUUCGGCCUAUGUGCCAGAGGUUGGCAUUGUGUACUGGACGCCACUGAAGAACGAUCAGGCCGACCCUAUGCUGGACGGCAUUCACAUCAAAGAGAAGAUCAUCCCAGACACUGCUAUCCGUACUGUUGGGACAGGCGCUGUCGAAGUCUCUAGACACAUCGUGCUCGCCGAGUUCAUCGUCUGGAUCACGUCAGAUUCGAAGAUCCAUGCGUGCGGCAUCGGAGGGGAAGCACCAGACCAGACUCAACCAGGUGGAGCAUCGUUUGAGGUACCAGGCUUCUCCGCUGAGGGCAGAGAGCUCAGAGAUAUACAAGGACAAUUCGCAAAUUUCGGUGUCUUCACAGCAGCUGGCGAAGUCCUGGCUGGCAGCAUUGACUAUCUUCGGCUGUGCGCCUCAGCUAUUCAGAGAGACACAGCAUUGCGAGAGAGUGGAGACUGGUCAGAACACCAGGACGUGCUGUCCUCACGCCCGCGAGACGUGCCCAGUCUCCAGCAUACCGGCGUCAUCGCACUUGCAUAUGGUGAUCAUCACUACAUGGCGCUGCACGCAGAUGGGAAGAUCUCCUCACUCGGUCGCGACUCCGGCUCCUGCGGUCAGAUGGGCCUUGGCGAUCCCAUCUCAGGUGCUCGAUUUCGAGGUUUACAUCGGAAUGCGAUGCAGGCGAGUCGCGACGGCUUCCUGCUGCCAAUCGCGGAGAGGCGGGGACGCAAGGUCUGGUUCGAGCCGGAGAAGAAAGAUUGGUUGCACUGGCUGGAAGAGACCAUGAAACACAAAGACUUUAAGAUCAACGACGAGCCAGCGUAUCGUCAAUGGAGUGAUCUGCAAAGAGCCGACAUGUUCAGCGAAUGGAUUGACCAAGAAGGCAGUCAUUGGACAGACGGCCCACAAGGCUCAGGCUCACCCACUCUGACAUCUCAGUCCACAGCUCUGCCAGCGGAGGCCAGUCUGAACACGGACUACGAGAAUCUGGAACCAUACUUCGCCAUCACUGUCGCAGCAGCAGGCUGGCACAGUGGCGCAUUGGUGCUGGUCGACGAGGAUAAGGUGCAGGAAGUGAGGCAAAAGUGGAUCGUUCAGCCAGAAGAGGACGAGCACAGCGCGCCAAUCGUACCGGGAGCAUUCGAGUCGAAAAAUGACGACGAGGAGUACAUUUGGAAGCUAGAGGGCUUCCCAAAGGUAGAGCUGCCGGACGGCCAUGUCAUGCCAGGUGUUGGAGAGAUGCGUAGCUGGAGAAAUGGACGACCUUCCCUGGAAGAACUGGGCGUGACCUUGGAGCAGGAACAGCGAUAA